AUGCAGGAGUGGAGAGAUCAAGCUAUGAUUGCUCGGUUGCCGUACUUUGUUAUGGGGGCUCUGAGUCCAAACUUACAGGUCAAAGAUCUUCAAGAACGAGUAUGGAGUCAGACUCGUAAGCAGAGAAACAAUAGCAGCGAUAGCAUUAGGAGUGGUGACAGCAUGAAGAGCAGCAGUGGUCAUCGCAGCACAGGAGACUCGGCAUGGGGAAAACAUGCUAGCCCAGAGUUUAGCAGUUAUUUGAGCUUGCUUCCCUCAGCAGCAAGCAAUGAUAAAGUUGAUCAGCAGGUGCAGUGCAUGAUGAAAGAAGUGGGAGAUGGCCAAGCCAGAGAGGAACAUCUUCACACACUGCUGCGGGAGAAAGACGCAGCACUUCACAGCCUACAGUAUUCACUCUCUACCCAGAUCACAGCAAAAAACCAUGAGCUUGAGGAGCUUACUGGUAAAGUAACAUUUUUAAAAGGAUCAGCUGGGAUCACAACUCUCUGGUCUGGAAGUGAGUGCAGCUAUUGGCAACAUAACAACAGAAGUUGGGCCCCCUGCUGCAGGACCGCACGAGCCAUCUUGACUCUCUGGACGAUUCCUCACAUUGGGUUCAGAGGAAAUGUCAUCAUUAGCUUUGGUUAUCAUACUUUUCUGGACCUUGUGUUAAAAAUUCAGCUUAACCUGGUUUUCGAGGAACUUUCAGAGAAGGUGUCCAGAUGCUAG